AUGUACGGCGCCUUUUGUGUGAUUUUUUCUCUCUCGGUGACUUUGACCAAUUCGCUUGAAUGCUACAUUGGGUAUUCCGUUUUGAAAGGUUCAACAGUGGGAGAAAAGACAAAAAUAUGUGAGAAGGAGACUGAUUUUUGUUAUAAUGCUACCGCAGAGGUCACUUCGUUCAGCACGAUACAAAAGGCCGGUUGCAACACGCUUGUGUGCCAGUUCAAUGAAGACAAAUGUUUUAAACGCAAUAUCACCGGCAUACCAAUGACGUUUUGUUGUUGCAAAGAUAGAGACCUAUGUAAUCGUGGAAACGAGCCAGUAAGUUCAAAGUUCGGUACUUCAAAUUUUUGCCUCGUCGAACUGUUCGACUACGUUCGUUUACUACGUUCGUUUGACUGA